UGCCCCACCCCGCACUAACCCCCAACCGGAGAAGCGCCGUCGCCGUCAUCCAUGUGAGGUGCGAUAGAGAAGGUACCCGUACCUUGCUCUCCAUCCGCCAGCUCCCCCAGCUCCACAACACCAACGACUGCACAACCAUGGCGGCCGCCCCCUCAUCCUACAAAGACCGCCAAUUCCUCGCCGUGAUCGGGGACGAGGACUCCGUGACAGGAUUGCUCCUCGCCGGCAUCGGCCACGUUACUCCCGCGCCCAACAGCAGCACGAAUUUUCUCGUCGUUGAUGCAAAGACGGAGGUUUCCGAGAUCGAGAAGGCGUUCGAGGAGUUCACUACUAGAAAGGACGUGGGGAUCCUGCUGAUCAACCAACACAUCGCCGAGAAGAUCCGUUAUCGUAUCGAUUCUUUUACUGCGGCUUUCCCGGCGGUCCUUGAGAUACCGAGUAAGGAUCACCCGUACGAUCCGGAGAAGGACAGUGUGUUGAGGAGGGUCAAGAGGUUGUUUGGGGAGUAGACUACAUAUUGCGCGGCAUCGGGCGAGCGGUGGAACGGGGUGGAACGGUCAGGUCAUGGGAUAUCAUCAUCAAUCAAGCGCAUUAUCAUAGACGGGA